UGUUUCCUCGCUCCUAAACUUUGGGUCUUUGAAAUUUUUAAUGAUGCAUUUUAUUCGCAUUUUUCGCUGUCUUUAAAAAAUGGAGGUGGAUACGAGAAGAGUCAGUCAUGCGCCGCGGGAAGUGGCAUUCGGCGUACAUUCUGCCGAAGAAGUUCGAGCCAUCUCCGUGCUAGAAAUCAAGAAUCCUGUUAGCUUUGAUCAGCUGGGUACUCCGGUUACGGCGGGGCCUCACGAUCCAGCUCUAGGCGCGGUGGAACGCGGCGAAGUGUGUCCUACUUGUUACCAGAUGAGCAAAAGCUGUCCAGGACACAUUGGGCAUGUUGCGCUACCGGUGCCUGUUUUCAACCCAAUGCUCUUCAAGACUUUGUUAAGGAUUCUGAAAGGCAGUUGCUAUUCAUGCAAGUUGCUUUUGUGCGAAGGGAGAACAGCCACAAACUUCGCCUGCCAGAUCAGGUUAAUUGAAGCGGGACUUACCAAUGUAGCACUGGAUUUUCCUCUGCUGGCGAAGGGCUAUUUGCUCAACAAUCCCUGUCGUGCUGAAGAAGUUGCGGAGCAUUUAAAUGCUUAUGUGGAUCAGCUCAUUGAAGGAAAUUCAACGAAUGAUCAGAAUACAAUUGAUUCUGCAACUGUUUUGAAAGACAAACAGAGUGUGGUGAAAGAAUUCCUGCACCGGUCUUUGGGCGCGAAUAAAAAAUGCUAUUUCUGCCUUGGCAAGAAAUGGACUAUCAGGUCGUAUUUCGAUCGGAAAAUCACUUACGUGGUGGGCGGAAGAGGUGCUCGCCCGGAAGGAAGCAAAUCGAAACCGAGACCUAAUAAGAAAAACGUGGAUUUGGCAUUAGCAGCCGAACAGCAACAGGAAGAAGAAACAGUCCCUGAACCCGAGCCUAUUCCGCAACCAGAAAUUCCUGCAGACAAUAGAGCGCACGCGUUGUCACCAACCGAAGCAAGGGAAUACUUACGAGAAGUCUGGAGAAAGAACAGCGAAAUUUUAGCAGAUUUAUUCGGAAUUUUCGAUAAAUCACUAGAAAAUCCAACUGAUAUUCUUUUUAUUGAUGCUCUCAUGGUCUCGCCACCUAAAUUUCGUCCGAUUCGUGUCGUUGAUGGAUUUCGUUAUGCUCACGCGGAAAGCAAAAAUCUAGAGCGGAUUAUUCAAUGUUGCAAUAAUAUUCGGAUUUUAAGGAGUUUUGUAAAACAAGGCGCCAGUCCAAAAAUUGCAUUGCCAGAAAUUCAGCAAAUUCCCGGUAACACGAUGGAAGCUAAACUGCUGGAAGCAUGCGACAGAUUACAGGUCUACGUGAGCAGCAUUGCCGAUGGUGAUGCCGAUAAGAUGAACCCGGAAUUUUCUAAUGGAGUCAAACAGAUCUUGGAAAAGAAGGAGGGUUUAUUUCGCAUGCACAUGAUGGGAAAACGAGUGAAUUACUCAGCGCGUUCUGUCAUUUCCCCUGAUCCUUACCUCAAACUUAACGAAAUCGGAAUUCCGGAGUACAUUGCCUUGAGAUGGACGUAUCCGGCGGUUGUGACCACCAACAACAUUGAUCAACUUCGAAAGGCCGUAAUCAAUGGACCUGCUGUGCAUCCCGGUGCUGAUAAGGUGAUAAAUGAUGACGGAACGGUAACAAUAUUGAAAGCCGACAAUCCCAAACAGCGAAUGGCUAUUGCCAAGGGACUUCUAGCGGGAUUAAAAGCGGGAGUGACGAAGAAGGUUCAUCGUCAUCUUAUUAACGGUGACAUUAUGCUGUUAAACCGUCAACCAACCCUGCACAAACCCAGUAUUAUGGCACACAAGGCCCGUAUCCUGAAAGGAGAAAAAACCUUGCGUUUGCAUUAUGCCAACUGCAAGUCUUACAAUGCCGAUUUUGAUGGGGAUGAAAUGAACGCCCAUCUUCCGCAAGACGAAGUCGCACGAUCGGAAGCUCAUUCGAUACUGAACGCUAGUUAUCAGUAUCUUGUACCGAAGGAUGGUACGCCUCUCAGUGGUCUCAUUCAGGAUCAUAUCGUUGCUGGAGUUCAUUUCACCAUUCGGGGACGUUUCUUCAACAAAGCAGAUUAUGAGCAACUUGUGUUUUCGGCUUUGGGGGAUUUGCAUACUUCUGUCCGGUUUCUUCCCCCUGCGAUCUGGAAACCUGCGCCUUUAUGGUCAGGAAAACAGGUAAUUUCAACUAUAGUGAUAAAUCUCGUGCCAGAAGGAAUGCAACCUUUGUCCCUCCGAACCGCUAGCAAAGUCCCACUGAAAAGUUGGCAGACUAAUCAAGGAAGAAACCGGAAAAGGCCAAAUUUUAGUAUAGCCUUGAGCGACGACAAGGAUAUGACGGAAAGCGACGUCAUAUUUCGGCAAGGAGAACUGGUCUGUGGAGUUUUAGACAAGGCGCAGUAUGGUCCGUCAUCUUUCGGACUUGUGCACGCUUGUUUCGAGCUGUAUGGCGGAGAGACUUCAGCUCAGCUACUCAGCAGCUUUGCCCGAUUGUUCACGUUCUUCCUUCAACUGCAAGGUUUUAGUUUGGGAGUGGAGGACAUCUUGGUUGCCCAUGGUGCUGAUUUUCAGCGGCGUCGAAUUAUGGCGACAGUGGAUCAGUGUGGACCGGAAGCUGUGGCGCAAGCGCUGCAACUGGAUGCUAAUUCUACAUCGCCGGAAAUGCUAAGAAAUCACUUCGAAAGGGCACACCGUGCCGCAGAUCAGAGCGACAUGAAGGUUAUUGAUGGGACAGUGAAAGGCAUGGUUGAUAAGUUGAAUAACGAUAUUACACGCGCUUGUAUGCCUGGUGGUUUGGUUAAAGAAUUCCCGCAAAAUCAGCUGCAGACUAUGGUUAUGUCCGGUGCAAAGGGUGCAACGGUGAACUGCAUUCAGAUGUCGUGUCUUCUUGGGCAAAUUGAGCUUGAAGGCGCUCGCCCGCCCUUAAUGUUAAGCGGUCGAACGCAUCCGUCAUUCCGGCCGUACGAGUCGUCGCCGCGAUCUGGAGGAUUUGUAGUGCAAAGAUUCGCCACUGGUUUGAGGCCGCAGGAAUAUUUUUUCCAUUGCAUGGCUGGUCGCGAAGGUCUUAUCGAUACUGCAGUCAAAACUAGUCGAAGUGGCUACCUUCAGAGAUGCCUUAUCAAACAUUUGGAGGGGGUUGUGGUUAAUUAUGAUCUGACAGUGCGUAACAGUGACGGUGGUAUCAUCCAGUUUUUGUAUGGAGAAGAUGGACUGGAUAUUGGCAAAACUCCGUUCUUUUCGGAGAAACAAAUGCCAUUCCUGAUCUCAAACGUUAAUCAUUCCACCAGAUCUGAAAUAAAAAGGCUGUCGAAAACUAUCGAUGUCAAAACAGCCGCUGUCCAUGAUCGCUCGGUGAAAGCAUGGAAGGAGGAAACAGUUAGACUGUCGGCAAAAGCCAGAAAAAAGCAGAAACUAUUGCAAAAGGCACCAGAUGAAAAUAUUGCCUUGCUACAGCUGCCACGGAUCAGUCGGAUGUCGGAUACAGGAAGACAGAAUGACACUGUCGAACCUACGUUGUCGGCUUGUCGACCGGAUAUCCAUUUUGGGUCUAUAUCCGAGCGACUGCAUUCAAUUAUGGAAAAGUACAUGAAGAACCCGCCCAUUUCGGGGAAGAUGUGCCAGACACAGUCGGGCUUCAAGUCUCCAGAAGCACUGGUUCAGAAUGUGGUAAAUUUGAAGUAUAUGAAGUCUCUGUGUCAACCUGGAGAGGCGGUGGGGGCACUUGUGGGUCAGUCCAUUGGGGAGCCUUCGACGCAGAUGACCUUGAAUACGUUCCAUUUUGCCGGUCGCGGAGAAAUGAACGUAACGCUUGGUAUACCUCGACUCCGAGAAAUCUUGAUGACUGGGAGUAAGACCAUUAAAACUCCCACUAUGGAGGUUCCGGUUAAAAAGGGAAUGGAAAACGAGGCGGAGUUGUUAAGGAUUCGUCUGACCAGAUUGAUGUUUUCGGAGAUGGUGGAUUAUAUGGAAAUGAAUAAAUACAACGAAGCUCAAGAAAAUGAUAACAUGGAAACGAUUCUGGAAUUGUAUAUAAAAUUUAUUUCUCCGGAGGAAAUUGUGUCGAAAACAUGCAUAACCUCCCGCAAAGUUCUCAUGUACUUCGAAAAAGUGGUCGUAAGGCAGCUCGUUAAACGGAUUCGCCAGAAAGGGGCUUCAGUGAAAAAGCAGACCAAGAAGGGCCAUGGAAAUGAAAUGGACGAGGCAGUGGAGGCGCGAGGUCAGGCCAGUGGUGAAGGUGGUGAGGAUGGCGGGGAGGAGGCAGCACAUAACGAAGGAGACGACGAAGCGGAAUCUCUGUAUUCGGACGAUGAAGCAGCGGAUCCCGAGGGUGGUAAAGCGCAGAGGGCAGCGGAUGCUGAGUACAGGGGCGACGAAGAUGAUGAGAUUGUUCGCGAGUGGGAGGAUGGAGAAGAAGCCAGAAUGGAAGACGAAGACGGUCCAGAUGAACACGACAAAGAAAAUUCCCUGCGAAGCGAUUCUGAUGGGGACGCCGAUAUAAGUGCGGACUUGUUAGCAAGUUUGAUUCCGCCAACUCCUCAUGAAGGAAAAAAAUCUAAGAAGAGGAUGAACGCCAUUCGUACCGAAGGAGUAAUGGGUGUGGAUUCGUGGGUGAAAAAUUAUCGUUAUGAUCCGGAAGAGAAUAACUGGUGUCGGCUUACGUUGGCCAUUCCCAUGUCCAGUGCGGCUGCCGAUCCUCAGUCGCUAAUUGAAUCCGAACUGAAGAAAUGCGUUGUGCAUCAGGUGGCCAACAUCCGUAAAGCCUUUCUGGCCAAGGAGAAGAAUGGUGUUGUGAUGCUGCGAACGGAAGGUGUCAAUUUCGAUUACAUGAUGCAGUUUGAUGAAAUUGUGGACCUGAAUCGACUCAUGUCCAAUGAUAUCCAAGCAGUGGCGGAGCGCUUCGGGAUAGAAGCGGCAGCCAAGACCAUAAUCCGGGAGUGCAAUAGCGUAUUCGGCGCAUACGGGAUCGAUGUCAAUUAUCGGCAUUUGUCUUUGGUGGCUGAUUAUAUGAGUCGGGAUGGCGUGGUUAAAGCGUUUAAUCGAUUGGCCAUUGCCAGUAAUGCGUCACCGUUCCAGAAAAUGAGUUUUGAAACAUCCAUGAAUUUUUACCGGGAUGCUGUUGUCAACGGAGCCCGGGAUACCCUUCAAAGUCCAUCUGCUCAGCUGGUUAUCGGAGAACGCGUUCGCGUCGGUACCGGUUUAUUUUCGCUGCGAGCGCCCGUACGGUUGGAUAACUAAAACAGUGGUGGAAAAUAAUUACCGCUUAUUGCGGACUUAGACUUUCCAGUGCCUGGCCAGAUGUGUUGUGCCUUGUGUUAUUCUGUGAUGAAAAGUUUCUCUUUACGAAGGCUGAAUCGUAUAAAUUUGUACUGGUUGAAGAUGCGUCUGUUGAAAAUAUCCUAGCGCAAAGAAAAAUACAAUAUCGUUGAACAUUGUUGCAAUAUUUUAUGCCAAUAAAAAUUUUACUGUUUAUGGAUUGCGACACGGCUCUUUUG